UGAUGACAAGAACGAGGAAGAGCUUCAUGCAAUUGGAGAAGGUGAAGCUCGCAAGUCAAGGCCUAUUGAUAAAUAUGUGAUGCCAAUUGAUCCUUCCAUUCCAUUGAAGAAGUUCCAACAGAACAUAAAUGAUGCAAUUGAUAAGGAGAAAGCUUACAGGGUAGGGCAAUAUUUGGCUAGAUGGAUGUACAAGAAAAAUAUUCCUUCCAAUGUUGUCAAUGAUGAUGACUUCAAGCAGUUUUGUGAAGCCCUUGGUCGGUUUGGUCCUAAAUGGAAGCCACCUUCCCAAUAUAUGCUCCGAGAGAAGAUGUUGCUGCAAGAGGUGGAAAGAACAAAGGAUUUGAUGCAGCCACAUGAGCUUGAGGGGGUGGAAACCGGGUGCUCUAUCAUGACCGAUGCUUGGACCGACAAGAAAAGAAGAAGUAUAAUGAAUUUGUGCGUGCAUUGCAAGUUAGGGACCGCCUUCCUUGAAUCAAAGGACGCGUCGGCGGAUGCACACACAAGUCUAUACAUCUUCAAUUAUGUUGUUGAGUGCAUUGAGAAAAUUGGUGCUGAAAAUGUUGUGCAAGUGAUCACGGACAAUGCUUCCAACAACAUGGGAGCAAAGGAGAUGCUCAAAGGAAAAUGGCCAAAGAUCUUUUGGAGCUCAUGUGCAACUCACACCCUCAAUUUGAUGGUAGAAGCAGUUGGGAAGCUAAAGCAAUUUGGCCCUACAAUCACCAAAGCCAAGCAAAUGACAAUUUUUCUUUAUGCACAUCAUAAAACAUUGUCCUUGAUGAGGUCUUUCACGAAAAAAGAGACAUUUUUAGACCGGGGGAGACACGAUUUGCUUCGGCAUUUCUUACGUUGCAAAGUUUGGUUUCUAAAAAGAAAGAACUAAGGGCAAUGGUUUGUAGUGAUGAAUGGGAAGCAUGCAAGCACACAAAAACGGUGAAAGGAAAGGCGGCCAACGCCACAAUAAUGAGUAGGGGCUUUUGAAAAAAUGUAUCACUUUGCAUCCAGGUAUGUUUAUGGGGGCUGUUUGCAUCUAGUCAUAUGUUGGGGUGUUUGCAUCUAUGUAUUUCUACGUUGGGGCUGUUUGCAUCUAGUCAAGUAGUCAUAGUUGUAGUUGUAACUUGUGCAUUUCUAAUGUUGGGGCUGUUUGCACGUGCUUAUAUGACUCAUUUGAUCAUUUUUAUGUUACCUUGCAAGGUUUUUGAGCCAUUGGUGAAGGUGCUUCGGUUGGCUGAUGGGGAUGGUCCAUUUAUGGCCUCUAUGUAUGGAGAACUAAUAAGUGCAAAAAGGGAAAUCAAGGUUGCUGUUGAAAAUUCAGAAAAAGACUAUUUGGUGAUCACUAAUGCCAUGAAUACCAAGAUGAGUGGGAGGCUGGAUUCUCCAUUGCACAUGGUAGCAUACAUCUUGAAUCCCAAAUAUAGUUAUGCUGACCCGAGCAUCUUUACGGAUGUGGAGGUAGUGGUUGCGCUUAUGGAAGUCAUGGAGACAUUUUAUCAUGAUGAUGACAUGAAGCAAAAUAAGGUGUUUAACAUUGACUUCACCAAGUUUAAAAAGAAAGAGGGUAUGUUUGGGAAGGUGGCUGCAUUGAAAGCAAUGGAGAAUAACAAUUUCGAUGCCGGUGAUUGGUGGUCAACUUAUGGAUUACAAACUCCCACAUUGCAACACAUGGCCAUAAGGAUACUCAACUUGACCACAGGUUCAUCCGGAUGUGAAAGAAAUUGGAGCACUUUUGAAAUGGUAGAUGCAAAGAGGGGAAAUAAACUAGAUGUGGCCCGUAGGGACAAUCUAGUUUAUAUCCAAUUCGAUGGAAGGAUGAUUGAUAAAAGAAAGAAGUUAUCCUCUUCUAGUGAUGUUCUUCUUGGUGAAGAUGCGUCACGAGCACAAGAUUGGAUAUGUGAAGAUGCAUACAUUGAUGAUGAGUUUGAUCCCACUACGGGGGUGCCAUACAACAUCAUUGAUGAAGCAAUGGAGGAAAGCAAACCUAUAGAGCUUUGUAGGAGUGCACGAGUUAGAGAACUCCAUGAAGUUGAAGAAUACAUUGAGGAUGAUGAUGAUGAAUCUAAUCAUGGGGUAGAUAUGGAGGAUGAUGAGAUCGAUUACGAGUCCGGUGAUGAUGGGGUGAUGGCAACCAAAGAUGAUGAUGAGGAGGAGGAGCCCCGCAGCCUUGAGCCAUUCGUCGCAAACUUAUUUUGCUUGCUAUUUGUGUGCCCGAACCUUAUGUUCUUAAUCCUUAUUACCUUGAUACCUAUUUCUAUGUGUGUGGCCGAACCUUGUUACCAUGUUACUUAUUUGGCUAUUUCUAUCUAUAUGGCCGAACUUAUCUGGACCUUGUUACCUAUUCGUCUUGUGAACCUUAUUAUGAAUUAUAUUCGCUAUUCCCUAUUUGUGUGGCUGCUAUUUAUCUUUACAUGUGGAUGCAUAUUGUGUGGCUGCCAUUUAUUUUGUAUUCCCUAUUUGUGUGGCUACCAUUUAUAUUGACAUGUUGGGUUGCAUACUGUGUGGCUGCAUAUUUAUCUUGAUAUGUUGGAUGCAUAUUGUUUGUUAUUUCCUAUAUCCGGGUUAAUAAUU